AUGCGCCUCGCCACCAAACAAUUCUCAAGCGCAGUGGAACUACGUCUCCAGCGAGUGUUUUUGUCAGCUAACCCUUUGAAUAUCGCAGUGUUUCGUGCUGUCGCAGAUCAUGAGAAGUUUAGGCACCAGGUCACAGAGAUCGUCUGGGAUGAUGCCCGACUUCCCAGGGGUCCUUUAAUACGUCGUAGACUUCCUGGCUGGGAAAGCGAAAUGAUAUCAGACGAGGAGAUCAGUGAUAACGAGACUGAGAUUUCGCGUUUUCAGGGAAGCUAUGAGCUAGACUGGCCUCGCGAAUAUAGUGAUGAUGAAGAUGAGGAUGAGGAUGAGGAUGACGAGGGAGACGGCGACCCUUCCGAUCAGCUACGCAGAAGUACAAAAUUCAGAAAGAAAGAUUGUCCGGUAUGGUACAAGGCUGGAUGCGCUGCGAGUGUUGAAGAUGCUUUCUGGCGACAGGCUGGUGACGAUUGGGUCGAUGUUGAAGAUCCGGAUUGCAAGACCAUGAGACAGCUGGGCUCGAUAGGGCCUCCACUGAGUGAGUGCUGGGAGUUUCACCGCACUUUGAUCCGGCAGCAAGACGAUGUUUUAGUUGGGAAAUCCGACGAAAAAGCAUUCAUUCAUGGAUUGAAACGAUUCCCUGCACUCACAAAAGUGAAUGUCACGCCUGCAGCUCAUGGCUUUCUUUUCAACCCACUUUAUCAAACUCCCAUGAUUCGAUCAUUCCCCGAAAGAUUCAAUUAUCCCAUGCCCCGCGGGUGGCCACUUCCUAGUCACGAGCAACCAGAGGAGGUGUAUUCACUUCCUUGGAAACGGCUUAACGAAGUGCACAAAGAAAAGUUCCGCGGAUUCCGGGUCGUGGUACGCGCGCUCGCUGAACAAAAGAAUAAUAUCGUCGAGUUCAGUGUAGAUUCCCGCCUACUUCGCACGGGAAUUAACUGCACAAUUAUUGAUGACACUUGUGAGGAAUAUAAUCACUUGGCCACGCUACUUAAGAAACCAGGCUUCCGUCGCCUCGAUCUCUCAUUUACUCUCGCUGGAACAUGGCAAUCAUUCCCCCAUGAAAAGCUCCAUAAUAUCUUACGCGAAGCAGGCGACCUGGAAGAGCUCAGCCUCGCCACCACAGGAAUUGACGCCGAAAACGAACACAAGAAUCUGCACAACGUGGCGCCUGUGCCCUUGAAUGACAUAUUCCCCAUUGAGAACUGGCCCAAACUCCAACACUUUGAGCUAUCACGAUUGAUAGUCAGCGAAUCUGACAUGAUAUCGUUCCUUGCAGAGCUACCUGCGACUAUGCGAACUGUGAGAUUAAGUUUCUUAACAUUCGUGGAUAACGGAAAUUGGCAUUCUUUCCUUGCAAAGACGCGCGAGGAAAUCCGGGAAAGCCGUCUCUGGUCAGAUCGACGGCGCACUGUGACUAUUGGCUGCAAUCAAGAUAUCACUCUUCCAGGGCGUGCGAGAUGGAUUGGAGAGGAGGUUGAUGAAUUCUUGUACGGGGACGGACAAAACCCGUUUCAUGAUCCUCCAAUUAACAUGCCCAAAGAAGGAUAUGGAACUAAGAAAGAUCAAUUGGACCCCAGCAGGUAG